AUGUCUGGCAAGGUAGCUUCUCAGAAGGUAUCACAGAUAUCGAACCCCGGACCUUACCAAUGCCCUCAAUGCGACAAGGCUUAUGAGCGGCAUGAUUACCUCGCUCGGCACAUCGAUUCCCAUCGUAACAAGCGCAGCUUCCGAUGUCCGAUCUGCCAACGCGGCUUUAACCGGCGAAGUGAUGUUCUACAGAGACAUCGCGCGCUACACGACGUAUUGUCUCCAGAUAACGAGGUGAACAUCAAGCGCCGCAAGGAUCGGCUUCCAGGAGCCUCUCAUGAAUGCAAUAAAACGCUCAAUGAACCUGACAGGCCCUCGAAGCAACAAAAGGGAGACUUACGUGAGAAAGAUGUGGCCGAGGGAAACGGCCCGGUUUGCUCAGAUUCGGCAUAUGCCUUUGAUCAAGUGCGAAUUCCCGAAGAUGUAUUCUCACAGGAUUCCGAAGGGCCAUUCAACCUAGCGUUCGCCCCUGAAAAGAAUCACAUAUCCAAUGUGUCGACAAACGCUGUGACACAAUCCGAAUGGCUGUCCUACUUUUUUGAACAUGUUAUGCUCCCGAAUCCAAAUGGAGUGGAUGAUGGACAAGGGAUCCAUCAACCACCACCCAACACGUUCGAUAUUCUGCCCGAUAUAGAUUUUGAAUUCUCAGAUAGUGGUCUGUUUGGGGAAAGUUUUAUUCCGGAUCUGGAAACAAUGGUUCAAAAAGACGUUCUUUUUCCUAUGGAUCGAAUUGCCUGGGAUUCGGAGGAAAGUCCCGACACUACGCGGAGACGAGUUGACGCGUUUCAACGAUCGUUCUGGAUCAAUCUUCCGGAUAAGACUCGAAAUGGCGCGGGCGGCGACGCUGGACCAGCACUUGCAGAUCGCGAUCUUGACAGCUCCGUUCUUUCUCCUCACACGGCACCUAUUAAUUUUACCAUCCAUGAAAAACUUUCGUUACGAGCAAGAGAUCAGAUAUUCAGGCUGAUAGUCAAGACCGGUGACAAUAGCUUUUCAAUGCCUGAAAUUCCCGCCGUCGAGUACCUCGAUAUUCUCAUCAAGAUCGGACUGGCAAAAAAAUUAGAGACGGAUCCAUGGAUCCAUCUAUAUACAUGCUAUAGCCAAAAUACUAGACCAGAACUUCUUGCAGCUUUGGUGAUGGCGGGUUGCAUCUGUUGCUUCGCUUCCUCAGUGAGCAAAACAGGUGUAAUUCUGCAGGAAAUUGUUAGAAUGUCAUUGCGAAAUCUUUCUGAGUCAGAUCCUCAGGUUCUUCGUGAUCUUCAAUACUUGCAAGCAUCAAUGAUGUGCGUGGAAAUUGGGUUCUCGUGUGGCCACAGGAGAAAUAUGCAGAUGACAGAAGGCAGUGUGCAGGCGCUUGGCAUGGCUCUUCGUCGUGCCGGAGCAUUUGAUAGCUCAUCAUAUCGGCUCAUCUCGCCAUGUGAUAUUCCCGACGAUAAUCACCACGAACUACAGACAGCGUGGCAAGAAUGGAUCAAACAAGAAUCUCUGAAGAGGCUCGUUCACCACUUUUUCUGUCAUGAUAUUGAAUACGCGGCAGCCAUGAAUCAGCCACCGACCACAUCCUAUGCGGAACUCACGCUGCCUCUUCCAGAAAGCCGAGAGCUCUGGCUAGCACAAACACCUAAAGCGUGGAAAGAUGCUUGGAUGGUUCAAUAUCGACAGUUAAGAACAGAUUUAAGUGUCAAAGAUCUUCUAUCAGACCCGACGCUAUUGAGUGAUCUUCCUGUACACCUGGACGCCGAAGUCGCCACUUCUGCAUUAUUGCAUGGGAUACUAGGCAUGACGUGGGAUGUUAGACAGAAGGUGUUACUCGGCCGGCACAACUCAACAAAGCUACCUGCCAGAAAACAGCUGUUGCUUCAAAGCAGACAAGAUGACCUAUACAGCGACAUUCAGCAAAUCCAAGAGGUCAUCGCAAAAGCCCCAGCGGUGACUGUGCUCAUGUCUGAGUUUACCACCAUGUAUCUCCACAUCGACGUCGACGCUUUACAGCGCUUCGCCGGAAAGAUGGGAGAAGCUGAGACAAGGAAGAUUUACCCUGACCUGCGAGAAUGGAGUCUAACGCAGGAGGCCCGCGUAGCGAUCUGGCACGCCGGACAGGUAUUUGGUGCCGUACGCCGUGUUGGACCAUACCAGCUGCGAGGAUUCGACUCAUUUGCCAUAUACUAUGCCUCGUUGACACUCUGGGUGUAUGGGCUGUUAUCAUGCGCGGAGAAGGAGUCAAGGGAUUCUGUGUCCUGGAGUACAGAUCCUUCGUCAACGAUCCUUCUGGAUGGCCCAAGUAGCCGGGCUACAGAUAUAUUCAUCUCUCAAGGCCGUGGCUCACCUGGACUGACAUACUUCUCUGGGUCUGGCGUUGCUGCACAGAAAGCCAUUUGCAAUCUUCGCCAGCCUCGGUUGCUUAUGCGUGUCGCUUUGCAGGUCCUUGACAGUAACUUCACAAAUCUGUCAUCGAAUGACCCUAUCAACAAUCCUCUUCCACCUCUUGUCGCGAAUCUCCGUAGUUUGCUUCAUGAUUUGGGAAAUUUGCCUUAA